GCAACGUCAUACGUAAAUAGUAGUAUCAGCUGCAGUUAGCUUGCUGAGACUCAACAUGGCUUUUACCUUAUAUUCUUUAAUCCAAGCAGCCAUUCUGUGUGUAAAUGCCGUGGCUGUGUUGCACGAAGAAAGAUUUUUAAGUAAAAUUGGCUGGGGAGUGGACCAAAGUGUUGGAGGAUUUGGCGAUGAACCAGGUGUCAAGGUGCAGCUGAUGAACCUUAUCCGCUCUGUAAGGACAGUAAUGAGAGUGCCACUGAUAGCUGUUAAUUCAGUCUGCAUUGUGCUGCUGCUUCUGUUUGGAUGAAGAACACUGGAUGAAGUUGGAUGAAACCAUUCUGCUGCCAGGAGAUGUCCAUCACCUCAGGAACCCCUCUCUAAAUCUACAAACAAAUUUGUCUUUGGCCCAGUCGUAGUUCUUCACCUUGGCUCUAACCUUUUGUUUUGCAGAGAUAAUGUACCCACUUUCUUUAGGGACCAGUAUGUAGUCUUCAUUUAGCCAUCCAAAUGCCCCCAAGGUCCUGACUAAUGGCCUAAAUGACCACUACACUUGAAUCCUAAAAGAAAAAAGCAGGCUACCUCUGCAAAAUUAAAGUAUAGGACCAAGGGGUAGAGAUUAGGCAUUUGGCAUUCCCAGUGUCCCCCGUCAGCUUGAAUGUGAAUGUUGCCUGUAUGUUUUACACCAAUACACUGAAUUUUUACUAAGGCCUGUUUUUGAAAACAUAUCGCCAUCUAGAAUCUGUUAUUUUUCACUUUAUUUUGAAUAGAGUCUUAAAGUCCUGUGUUAAAUAGUUCAAAUUUUCUCAAAAAUAAAUAAUUAGCUAAAACUCAUUUCUACAUUUUGCUAAAUCAUUACUGUAAAAAUGGUUAACAGGAAAAGUUUGUGAUUUGUACUUGGUAAAGAUGUAAAUAAAUACAUUCUUAAAUA